AUGGUAUUUCUAUUCGGAGAGCAAGCAUUUGUCCAAAAGAUCUCAACAAUUUUGCGGAUGACAAAGACACAUGCUCUAAAUCUUGCUAAGUUUUCAUUUUUUUAUCGUCUAUUGAAAGAGCUUAUUAUGCGGCUUGAUGGUGUGAAAGGAGAUAUACCGCGUGAAUGGCAUUCCUUCGUUGCUGCUGGUAUAAUUGGAUACUUCGUAUUUGGUGAAGAUAAUCCCGUAAAUGCACAGAUCAACAUGUAUUUACUUUCGCGGAUCUUGAUUGGUAUCGUGAAGUUGCUGCUCAAAAAGGAAGUGCUACCGAAGCCAAACUUUCACUUCUAUCCAUUAUACGCCGCAUUCUGCUGGGCCGCAUCGCUAUGGUUAUUCGAACACCAUACCGAUGUCUUGCAAGGAUCCUUGGUAAAAAGCAUGACUUAUCUCCACAAAGACAUCAACUAU